CUGAGAAAACCCCCAAAACUAAACACCAUUUCCUCUCUCUCUCCUCUCUCUCUCUCUCUCUCUACAGAGGUUCGAUUUCAUUAUCAGUGUUGCAGAACAUCACCAGACAGACGACCAAGGAGAGAAUCUAUGCCCGAAAUCACAAUCCAUGGAGGAGAAGAAAACUCACACCCAAACCCCCUCACAAACGCAGAAUUCCCCCACCCUCCCCACACCGCCACCGCCACCGCCGCCAUUAUUUUCCGAUCAGAUCAUAAAUAUUCCGGGCGGCGGGUUUUCCUCGACUCCGACCACCUCCCUAUUCGACAUACCCUCCGAUCAUCACCACCAGCAGAAGCCCUCCUUGGGAUUCGUCGACGUCCUCAGCAGCGUCCAUGAUUUCACCAUUCCUUCAUCCAUAUUCGACGAUUUGCUUCAGAACAUCACCGCCCCUCUCCAUUCGCCGCCCUCCGCCGCCGCGCCGGAAUAUUAUCACGAGGCGGCGAAUGCUCCCGCCACCCCUAAUUCCUCCUCCAUGUCGUCGUCUUCGACGGAGGCAGCUGCCAACGACGACCACAAAAAGAAUGAAAUCACUGCAGAAGGUGAAGGUGAAGGAGAAGGCGAUGGAGACGAAGAAUCUCAGGAUCAAGAAAAAACCGCUAAGAAAAAACUGAAACCCAAAAAGAAGAACCAAAAGAGGGCAAGAGAACCGAGAUUUGCGUUCAUGACAAAGAGUGAAAUCGAUCAUUUGGAUGAUGGAUACAGAUGGAGAAAGUACGGUCAGAAAGCUGUGAAAAACAGCCCUUUUCCAAGGAGCUACUAUCGUUGUACAAGUACAGCAUGUGGAGUGAAAAAGCGAGUUGAAAGAUCCUCUGAGGAUCCAUCCAUUGUUGUCACAACCUACGAAGGUACACACACACAUCCCUGCCCCAUCACCCCCCGGGGCAGCUUUGGGUUCCUGCCGGAAACCUCCAUGUUCGGCGGCGCCGCCGGAUCACUCCGCGGUGGCUCCGCCGCCUCCAACUUUCUAAUUCCCCAAAUACUCAGCCACCAUCAGUAUCAUCAUCAUCAUCAGCAGCAGCAGCAGCAAUUAAGACAGCCACAGGUGGUUAUUCAGCAGCAGCAGCAGCAACCCUAUUUCCAUAGCUUGAAUAAUCCGCCGUUGAGUUUGAUCAGCACCGGUAAUAAUCCUACAUUUCCUCCUAUGUUUCGGGAAACACCAUUUUGCCCUUCGUCGUCUUCUUCGGCGAGAGACCAUGGCCUUCUCCAGGACAUGCUGCCAUCACAGAUGUUGAAGGAUCAGAAGGAGGAGUAGAAAUUGAAAUUAAUUUUUAAGUUACUAUACUGAUAUGAUCAUCACAUGUUGAUUAAUUAAUUAAUUAAUUAAUUAAUUAGUAAGGAGUUUGAAUUAUUAUUAUUAUUAUUAUUACUAUUAAUUGUUUAAUUAAUAUAUUGCUUAGAUUAGUAGCUAAUUAUUAGAUUCUGUAUAUUUUUGUAUUUCUUAAUUUGCAGCUGACUUGGGAAAGUGUGGGUUCUUUCUUUACAUAUAGAACCCAUUUCAUAUUAUAUAUAUAUAUAUAUAUAUUUUAUUAGAAUUAAUUAAUUUCAGUUAUUUAUUACUCUCCUCUUAGUUCAUGUAUUUUUGGUGUAGUUUAUUGUACUUGAUUCAACCUUUUUCUUUUUACUUCAGUAAUUGUGAUAAUUAAUUAUAGUGUGUGUAUUUUUAAUUAUAUUUUUGUGUAUCAUCAGAUUCAUUAAGUAUAUGAUUGAUUGGUCUUCUCUGAGAAGCUAAGAAAUGCUGUGAGAUUAGCUAGGGUUAGGGUUUUCUUGUUUUCACUUUCAGGUUUAAGCUUUUGAUUUUUAAAUUUCUUGAUUUCUCAUGAGCUUAAGAGAG